CCGAUAUCGAACGUUGGAUUUCCCGGCCGCGCCGCGCCGUUGCCUUUAUUCGAAUACUUUUUUUUAAAUAACUUUUUUUAUUUGGUCGCCGCUUAUAGUGGUUUUGCCACCAUCGAUUUUUUUUUAUUAAAAAAAAGUUGUUAACUUUUUUUAAACUUUGGAUUGUGUGAGACUGGAAAAUAACUAGGCGCUUUUAUUCGUGUGAUUUUUAAUUUAAGGCCAAGUUUAAUAUUUUUCCUUUCAAGUGUCUCUAACGACAAGAAUAAUUUAUUUAAUCGGAAACUUAAUUUCGUGUAUUUCAUCUGUGGCUUUUAUGUUUAAUCUGUGACAUUUACUAGUGCAUUUGGCGGCACUUUCGUAAUUUGAAUUUAUUUAUAACAACCGCAUAAUUUAAAGGUCGGACGAUGGACAUCUCUCGCCCAUCAUGCGCCAUUCUUCUUCUAGUAGCAUUUUGUCUUUUACACCUCGCAACAUGUAUGAACGCGAAGAUAAAUUUUCGAGAGAAGGAGAAACAGAUCCUGGACCAGAUCCUAGGUCCAGGGAGGUACGACGCUCGCAUCAGACCCUCCGGCAUCAACGGCACUGGCGAUGCGCCUACGUUAGUUCGUGUGAACCUGUAUCUACGUUCCAUCAGCAAAAUAGAUGAUUACAAAAUGGAGUACUCGGUACAGUUGACUUUCCGAGAACAGUGGCUGGAUGAGAGACUCAAGUUUAACAAUUUAGGAGGCCGGCUCAAAUACCUGACGCUGACGGAGGCGAACCGCGUGUGGAUGCCCGAUCUGUUCUUCUCCAACGAGAAGGAGGGCCACUUCCACAACAUCAUCAUGCCCAACGUGUACAUCAGGAUCUUCCCCAACGGCAACGUGCUAUACAGCAUCCGGAUCUCGCUGACGCUGUCCUGCCCCAUGAACCUCAAGCUCUACCCUCUGGACAAGCAGACCUGCUCGCUGAGGAUGGCCAGCUAUGGGUGGACGACAGACGACCUGGUGUUCCUGUGGAAGGAAGGCGACCCGGUGCAGGUGGUGAAGAAUCUCCACCUGCCGCGCUUCACCCUGGAGAAGUUCCUCACUGAUUACUGCAACAGCAAGACUAAUACAGGCGAAUACAGCUGUUUGAAGGUGGACCUGCUGUUCAAGCGCGAGUUCAGUUACUACCUCAUCCAGAUCUACAUCCCCUGCUGCAUGUUGGUCAUCGUCUCCUGGGUGUCCUUCUGGCUGGACCAGGGUGCUGUGCCGGCGAGGGUGUCGCUUGGUGUAACCACGCUCCUCACCAUGGCAACCCAGUCUUCCGGCAUCAACGCCUCCCUACCUCCCGUCUCGUACACCAAAGCCAUCGACGUCUGGACCGGUGUCUGUCUGACCUUCGUGUUUGGGGCGCUGCUAGAGUUCGCCCUAGUAAACUAUGCGUCCCGCUCCGACAUGCACAGGGAGAACAUGAAGAAAACGAGACGGGAGAUGGAGGCCGCCGCUAGCAUGGACGCGGCGUCAGAUCUGCUGGACACCGACAGCAAUACAACCUUCGCUAUGAAACCGCUGGUGCGCGGCGCCGACCCCAAGAUCCGGCAGUGCGAGAUCCACAUGAGCCCCCCGCGCAAGAACUGCUGCCGGCUGUGGAUCUCCAAGUUCCCCACGCGCUCCAAGCGGAUAGACGUCAUCUCGCGCAUCACCUUCCCCCUCGUCUUCGCGCUCUUCAACGUCAUCUACUGGUCGACUUACUUGUUCCGCGAUGAGGAGGAGGAGAAGUGAUUCUCCGGGUCUGCCGAGGGGAGCGGGGACGUGUGGCGCCUGGCCGCCACCGUCCUCGCGCCCUACGCCCUCUUCGCUGUCGCCUACAUCCUGUGCCUCCGCCCGCGCAACGACCCGGAGCCGCCCGUGGUGCUCGCCCGCCCCGCGC